AUGGAAUAUAUAGGAUUAUAUAGACUUUCCGCCUCGAAAAAUAAAAAAAAUUUGUAAUUUCUUUCUAAAAUCAAAAUGAAAUAAAAUAUACCUAAGAUGGAUCUGUUAUAAGAAUGUAGUAGUUCAUAAUUAUUUUAGAGAUUAUAUUAAAGACAAGUAGACAUAAUAUGAAACUCUAACCAAUUUGGAAUAAAUAAAAUAUUUAUUUUAGUUUGGGGAAUACGGAAAGAAUAAUAAAAAAAUAGAUAAAUGGAUAGCCACAUGGAAGGUAGAAACCUUAGUAGAUGUUGGUGGCUAUUAUAGAAGAGAUGAAAAUUUGA